AGUAGCAUCUACCGAAAUCUCGUUAGAAAAUGACUGGACUACUUCAGCUGUUGUUACUGGUCUACGUGACCGUGGCUUCCGAGCCAUCGUGUCCAGCGUGCUCAAAAUACGACUAUGAAGAAAAGGUGCUCGAGAGAAUGAUUCGCAUGGAGUUCGCUUUUGAGAAUGUGUUAAAAGAAAACAAGGCUGUGAGCAAAACUGUUGAGGAAGAUCUAACGCGGAUCAAGGAAGAAAAUACACGUCUACACGCGACCGUUGAUGUCCUUAAGGACCAACAGGAGCAAGCAGAACGAAGACUGGUUUCGCUCAUGGAGGAAAUUGAGAGAAACCAGUCCAGCAUACUGGAGAAGAUAGUUUCCGAUUCUAACACUACGUUAGAACAAACUAUUGCCGCCUUCAAUGAUAUGAAAGACCAAAUCGCUACUCCACUGGUGUACUUCAACGCUCACUUUCCACAGACCACCAGCCUGUCUACAGGUGAGGUGAUAGUGUACAAGACAGUGGAGACCAACCAGGGAAGCGGCUACAGCGCCACCACGGGCAAGUUCACCGCUCCAGAACGGGGUCUCUACUUGUUCUUCAUGCACACUUGUACAUCAUCAACUAAAUAUUCUUAUCUCCAGAUAGUGAAGGACGGGUCAGUCCUCAUUAGAAGUGUACAGUAUGAGAAUAACGCUUCUACCUGUUCUAGUAGUCAGGUGUUUGUUCUGCUUGAUGUAGGCGAAACUGUCUGGGUACAAUGCUCCAGUGGGGGCUUGAGCAGACAACUGGAUGAGAGUCAUUCUUACCGUUGGACCAGUUUUGGUGGUGCUAUCAUUCGCAACUGAAGAGCUUAUUUCAUUGCACAUAACAAUAUAUUAAACAUAAACCCGGUUUAGUAGCAAUAGGCAAACGCCAAAGACAUAGAACACAAAUUCACAAACAAGAAACCUAGAACAAGCCAAAAGGCAGAAAAAUAUUAUCAUUACGCGAGUUACUUUUGAUAUAAUUUACCGUUUGUUAAACAUUAUUAAAUAUCGUCAAUGCUAUGUCAUGCGUUUACAACUGAGAUAACAUAUGUUAAAAUUAAAUUAUGGUUUGCAUUAUAACAUCUAAAGCUGUAUUCGCAUGUUGCAUGUUUUGCCGACUUAAAAUAAAACAUUAUGCUGUAUUGUUUAUCAUCAAUCCGUUGUUUUAAAGCCUUUUUCAGAAUAACCCAGUUAUUUUGUG